AUGCCACUAGACACCAGCACCUACUCCCUCGCGCUCCUCCGCCUCGACGGCCGCCGCUGGAAUGAACUCCGGCGAAUCCACGCGCAAAUCUCCACACAAGCUGCCGCGGACGGCUCCUCAUAUCUCGAAAUGGGCAACACCAAGAUCCUCGUUUCCGUCACUGGUCCCGCAGAAGGCAAGCAAAGCGGACAACGCGGCGGCGCAGACAAGCUCGCCAAAGUGGAAGUCGAGAUAAAUUUCGCUGGCUUCAGCGGUGUAGAGCGCAGAAAGAGGAAGAGCGAUAAGCGGACAAGUGAGAUGGAGCAUUGUCUACGCGAGGCAUUUGGAGGCGUGUUGCUACUGCAUUUGUACCCACAUUCGACCAUCACCUUGAAUGUGCAUAUCAUUAGUCAGGAUGGGAGUUUGUUGGCGGCGUGUAUUAAUGCGAGUACGCUGGCGCUUAUCGAUGCGGGUAUACCCAUGACGGAUUAUUUGGUUGCUUGUACAGCGGCGAGUUCUGCGAGUGCGUCGGCGGCGGAUAAUGCGAGUGCUGAUGAUCCGUUGUUAGAUCUUAAUAACCAAGAGGAGUUGGAGUUGCCCUUCUUGACGGUGGGGACGCUGGGGGAGAGCGAUAGCGUUGCGGUGUGUAUCAUGGAGAGCAGAGUCAGGAUGGAGAGGUUAGAGGGUAUGCUGGCGGUUGGCAUUGAGGGGUGUAAGAGGAUGCGUACUAUACUGGAUGGUGUGGUCAAGGGAUACGGCAAGCGAUUUGGAUGA